AUGAUAAAAAAAUAAACUCUGUCUAAAUAACAAUCAAUCUAUGUUGGAACUCAAAUCGUUGAGUUUUCUUGGUUUAAAUAACAUGAAAUAAUCUAUGAGCAACCUACAAAUCAAUGGAAGUAGUUAAUAUUUGACAAUCUCGAGUGGUUCCUAAUACUCUUAUUACUGAUAUAUUGCAUAACAUUUUACUUUUUGUACUAUGCCUUUAGCAAGAAAACUACAAGCAUGGUCGUUAAUGUCAGAAAAGAAAGCUUAGCCAGUGAUGACAUGCAAAAGUAUAGAGUCUAUAUUGUAAUGUAGUUCCGUAGGUUUGAGUACUGAAUAGAAUGAGUUACCCAAAAAACAUUCUACAUCCAGCACAGAAAGCUCUCCAAGAUAAAAUAUUUUUACAUCCUCUUAGGAUCUCGUUUCAGACAUCAAACAAUUAAAUAAAAGAAAACUCACUGAUAUUUCUCAAGAUAGAGAAGUAUAACUUAAUUGGGAAAAGAAUGAAACUGAUAACAAUAUUGUAUAUAGAGAAAAAAAUAAAGACAUAUAUUAGUUUGAAGAUUAUGAUAUACAAUAAAAGUUCAUGAAAAGCAAUGAAAAACUCAAGAAUCAGAAGACGUCUCAUACUAUUGAACAAAAUAGUGAAAGGGAAUAAACCCAUAAAAUCUAAUAAACUUUCCCAGAUUGGAGUCAAUAUUUGGAGAAUGGUAAAUUUGAGAAAUUGUAUGCAUCACCAACUGUUAUUGGCAAUGGGGCAUUUGGAGAAGUUUAUAAAUGCCAAAAAAUAGUUGAUCUCAAAUAAUAUGCAGUGAAAAGAAUUAUUUUCAAAGUUUAAAAUGAAAUAAAUUUGAGAGAUCAUCCCAUUUUCCGUGAAAUCAAUGGCCUUUAAGAAAUUAAUCAUAAAAAUAUAGUCAGAUAUUAUACAAGUUGGAUUCAAGAGUUAAGCACUGAAAUGAUUGCAUAGAUAACUAAACUACAUGAUAUAGUUACUGAAAAACAAUAGGAAAUGUAAGAUAAUGUCUCUAUGGAUUUAUUUUAAACUCAAAUUUUAGAUGACAUAUCACAUCUAAAUGAUUGUGUGCAAAUUGUUGGAGGAAGUGGAACUGAAAAUGAUUAAUAAAUAUAAACAAAUUCUUAAAACACUAAAAUUAAGCGAAACUUUAAACCAUCAGAUUUUAGCAGCUAAAUUUAAACUCUUAUGCGAAAAUUUCAUUAUAAUCCUAAUCAAAAAGAUGAAUAAUAUUAAUUAUUUAUGUUAUUUAUAGAAGUAAUAUAUUAAUAAUAUUAUUAGAUGGAAUUAUGUGAUUUUACAUUAAAAGAUUUCAUAGAAAAUGUUGAUAGAAAAAAAGAUUAAAAAUUAAUAAAAUCCAUCUUCAAAUAAAUUAUAGAAGGAGUUGUUUACAUGCAUAAUUAAUAAUUCAUUCAUAGAGAUUUAAAGUAUAUCUAUAAAUUAUCCAAGACCUUAGAAUAUAUUUAUCAAUUCUAAAAAAGAAGUUAAAAUAGGAGUUUUAGGAUUAUGCAAUAAUAGAAUAAAUUAGGGUGAAGGUGAACUAUUCGAAACAAAUAUUGAAUACAUAAAUAAUGCAGGAACUUCAAUAUAUAAGGCACCAGAAGUCAAAGAGGGUUAAUAUGGUUCCGCUUCUGAUAUCUAUGCUUUGGGGAUUAUUUUUUUUGAGAUGCUAUGGAAAAUUCAAACUAAUUCUGAAAAGCUUUAGUAAAAUUACAUCUAAAAUUUAGAUUGAUAUAAAAUCUUACUUAAGACUAUAAGUUACCACCAGAUUUAAUAAGUGAUUAUACUAUUGAUUCUGAAUUGAUACUAAGAAUGGUGAGUCUAAAUCCUGAUAGCAGACCAAAUGCUUUGCAGAUAUUCGAAGCUCUAAAUAAUUCUAAUUGA